UUUGAUUAAAUUUGCAAGGAGUUUGGUGCAAGCAGUCGCCAUCAGCUCAGAUCCUGAGGAAAUCACAAGAUCAAUGCAGGCAACAGACAGUUUGUGACUCAAAGAGAGAGGUGUAAAUACAGUCUCCCAAGGAUGGAUGGAUUUCAUGAUCAGCAAGUGCCUUACAUGGUUCCCAAUAAUCAAAGUGGGACAAUCUGCCAUGAGAGAACCACGAAUAGCAGGAAAAGAAAGUUUUUAAAUAGAGACCUGGCUCAUGACUCAGAAGAGCUUUUCCAAGAUCUGAGUCAGUUGCAAGAGACGUGGCUUGCAGAAGUGGCUUUUCAUGGUGUCCCGUUAAAAAUUAAGAAGGAACCCCACAGCCCCUGCUCUGAACUGAACACCGCAUGCAGUCAGGAACAGCCAUUUAAGUUCAGCUAUGGAGAAAAGUGCCUGUACAAUGUCAGUGCCUAUGAUCACAAGCCACAAGUUGGAAUGAGGCCCUCUAACCCCCCAACCCCUUCAAGCACUCCAGUGUCCCCACUACAUCAUGCAUCGCCGAACACAGCACAGAAUCCUAAAGCAGAACAUCUCUUUCCUACACAUCUUCCACCAUCCCAGCCGAUUCCGGAAAGCACCUACACAAUGGACCACAGGUUUCGUCGGCAACUCUCAGAACCUUGUAAUUCGUUUCCACCGCUUCCUGCGUUGCCGAGGGAAGGGCGACCUGUCUACCAACGACAAAUGUCCGAGCCAAGCAUCCAGUUCCCUCCUCAAGGAUUUAAACAAGAAUAUCAUGAUCCAGUGUAUGAACACAGCACUAUGGUGGGCAAUGCCCCCAACCAGAACUUCCCUCCACCUCUUAUGAUUAAGCAGGAACCUAGAGAUUUUGCUUACGACUCAGAAGUGCCUAGCUGCCAUUCCAUUUUCAUGAGGCAAGAAGCUUUCCUGGCUCAUCCCAGCGGGGCCGAAGGCUGUAUGUUCGAGAAGGGUCCUCGACAGUUCUUCGAUGAUACGUGUGUGGUCCCAGAGAAAUUUGACGGUGAUAUUAAACAGGAACCGGGACUGUACCGUGAAGGACCGACCUAUCAGAGAAGAGGUUCACUCCAGCUAUGGCAGUUUUUAGUUGCAUUACUUGACGAUCCGGCCAACUCCCAUUUUAUUGCCUGGACGGGCCGAGGCAUGGAGUUCAAGCUCAUCGAGCCCGAGGAGGUGGCACGACGAUGGGGCAUACAGAAGAACCGACCCGCCAUGAACUACGAUAAGCUCAGUCGUUCACUGCGCUACUAUUAUGAGAAGGGAAUUAUGCAAAAGGUCGCCGGAGAGAGAUAUGUGUACAAAUUCGUAUGCGAUCCAGAAGCCCUCUUCUCUAUGGCCUUCCCAGACAAUCAACGGCCGCUGUUAAAAACAGACAUGGAGCGACACAUUAACGAAGAGGACACAGUACCACUGACUCAUUUUGAUGAAAAUAUUCCCUACAUGGCAGACGGAGGCUACUGUAACAGCCACCCAUACAAUGAAGGAUACGUUUACUAAUGGGAGUGGGAGGAAGACAUUUCUAUGAUGACGAUCAUUUCAACUUUUCUUCGCAAGACCCAAGAAAAGCAAAAUACAAUUUUUUUUUAUAAAUAUAUAAAUAUAUAUAUAUUUAGUAAAUCAUAACUGGGCUUUUCCUGUUGCAUAUCUCCUAUGGUCUGCCAUGGACAAAGCACUUUACUUGAGGGACAGGGGAUAAAACUGAUACUAUGUAUGUAACAGGACAAUAACAGAUGGAUAUAUAAUAUUCAUUUAUGCUCGGGAAGGGAACUUAAAGCUCACGGUACUUCAUUAAUAAGUCAUGAUUGUGUUUUUUUUCUUCAGUUUUAAGAUCUCAAGGUAUAUUGUACGUUAUUUCUGAAUACACAGGGUACAGUUAAUUUUCAUGGUAGAAAUGGAUAUAUAAAAAAAAUUCCUUUCCUUUGGGAAUGUUUAUUUAUUUUAUAUACUUUUCUUCUUUUUGCCCUAAAAUGGUGCAUGCAUUAGCUGAUUCAAGGGCCACUGACUCUUGUAUACAAAUUGGGUGCACAAGUUGUUUAGGAAUAUAUAUACAUAUAUAUAUUAUAUAAUGAAGAGAGAAGCUCAUCUUAUCCAGGAAGGACACUCCAUAUUUGCAGACUUGGCGUAUUUUCACUUCUGCGUUGAAGGCUUUGUUCAGAGCCUCUGUCACAGAGUUCAUCAAAAAUAUCAGAGAAAAGUCCUGAAGAUGUUCUCCAAAAUGGAAACUGAACAGAUCCCAUUAUAGUCAAUGGGAUCAGUUUGAUUCUGUUUGUCAGUUAUGUGCCGAAUCCGGCAUUUUCGGUUUUUCCAUUCUUCUUCUCCCAUAACGGCACAGAAGAACGGAAAAUAAUAGCUGUGAUAUGAUCGAGCCACUAGAGUGGCCAAAGAAAUGGGAUGCCCAUCAUCAGAACAGCUAUCAUUCCUGACCCCACAUCCACAUGCAAACUCGGCUUGGCCAAAUGUGCAUAUGUUCUGAAUGGGGAAGGGAAGUCAAGCCGCUAUCGGACUUCUCUGAAGGUGGCCUCUCUUCUCAAGAACAAUCAAUGAGAUGAGUUGAAAUCCUAUCCAGCCCAGUCCUCGUCUGCCCCUUGACAUUUGCUGUCAUAGAAGAGUCAGGAGACUGUGUAUAUUAGACAUUGGUCAACUGACAUGUUCAGCCAAUAUAAUGCUAAUGUGUAUGUAUCAUAAAUGUCCAUGUAAGUUCCAUGAUUGGUUAGGAGUGGCAGAAUAAGGAUAAAUUAUAUAUUACUAAAUUGAACUCCAUCCCAAAUUCCAUCUUAUGAGGCAACUUUUUCUCAAAUUGCUUGAUGUGUCUAAUGUUUUGGGGCUAUGGGCAGGAUGAAGACCUAAAUUUCCUAGGUUGGUGGUGAUCACUGGAGAAUCUACUGAAGUCAAACCAAUUGAUGGUCUACAAGACCAAGAAAUGUCACUCUCAAUAAUUUGGCAAGGUAGUUAUUGUGCAGGUCUUCAAGUCAUGGCAUUGGGUCCUAUGAUUUUUGGUUGAAUAUAAGUUUUUCUUGUUUAUGACUGAUAACUAUGACUCACAAGUUGCCUGUAUUGUUGGAUCUAACCCUACACAAGCCAGUUGGUUUAGUAUGCUUCAUAGAUACGGGCUCUACUUUAUUCUUAGAUUUAAUUUAAGCUCCUGGGCUCCUUUGCCAAAUCCAUAACAGGACCCCCACUUACCAUGUGCCAUCUCCUGACAACUAUACCUUCUUAUGUGGCACAAACCUCUUUAGGCAGCAGGGGUGGGGUACAGCUUCCACCUUUUGAAUAAUCUUCAAGUCUGAUUCUGUCAAAACCUUUAACUGGAAUUUCUUCCUUCUUAGGAAUCACUUGUAAUGGGUCCAUAGUGAUGUAUCCAAAUUGUUUUCCGGAGUCAGAGGUUCUUUAAAAAAUGGUGCAAAUUUUUUACAAAUUUCCUUAAUUUUUUUUUAAUGGGAGUCAUUUAUGAGAGGAUAGAAAUAUGGUCAAUGAAUAAGUGAUUUAGUCACUAUGAAUUACCUGUACUCUGUGUAACCCCAUGUAAUGCUGUUUGGCUGCAAAAAAACUCUUUUGGACAAAAAAAGUAAAAAAAAACACAAAAAAAUCAACAAUAACCAAUACACUAAAUAGGUACUUUAGUAAUUUUUAGACAUGGUACCAAUUAUUAUGCAUUUAUGCCUUUUACUGCUGUGUUCUGUUCAUAACAUGUAUAAAUACUAAAAAAAAUUGCUUCUGCUGCUGUAUAUUUUCUGUACUAUUCUCUUUGACGCUAAAUUUACUCUACGGUCAUUUAUAUGCAUCGCUGUACCUACAGGUAGCAUUUCAGGACAAAAUAGAUGACUCAAAUCAUUUAUUGCUUAGGGCAUAGCUUUGCCGCAAUGCAAUCGGCUUUUUGCGCAUCAACAUUAACCGGUAAGCGUCUGCUUGCUGUGGAAGGCUCAGCAGGAACUUUUUGUAACAUAGGAUUGGAGACUUAGCUUCUAACGGACUCUCGGAGGAAAUGGAUGGAUUGACUGGUUCUACUGCCACUUACCUGGAGGCUCUAUGUAAAUGAACACAAAUCAGAUUGGGAGAAAUUUCUAAGGUUACCUUUCUGACCAUUUUGUUUUAUUUUUAAGAAGACCUGUACAGAAAGAAUAUGUAUUGAAAAUUUAUUGGAAACUUAUGGGUUUUGUGUGUGUGUGUGUUUUUUGUUUGUUUUUUAAUUUUAAUUUUUUUCUGGUUAUAAAAAAAAAUCAGUUUAUGAUUUUUUUUUUUUUUUUUACACAAAUAUCUCCAUUGUCAUGGUGGAAUGCAAGACUACAGACCAGCGCAAAGUCUAAAUUCUGAUGAAUGUAUUUGCGCCAAUAGAAUUUUUAACCUGCACGUUGACCAAUCCUAUGCAGGAUGUGUGCAAAAUUUACUAAACACUUUGUCAUUUGAAUUAAAAAUAAUGUAUACAACA